AUGCAGGGUGAGGAAAACCUCCAGAUCCUGGUGGGAACAGAAGAGGACAGCUUCCCACUGAUGGAGAUCCAUGCUUGUGAGACUGAAGCCUCUGAGCAAUGGGACUAUGUCCUCGUGGCUGACUGUCGCACCCAGAGAAACCCCACACAGGUGUACCAGCAGCAGCAGUUCCUGGACAAGCUCAAGGAAAAGGGCUUGCAUUCCAAGAUGAUAAAAGACCAGAAACAGGUUUUCUUUGGGAUCCGAGCUGGCAACCACAUCUUUGACCUGUACAGCACCCUCCUCAUGGAGCCCGAAGGCCCUGCCACUACUAGAAUCCGAAUCCUGGACUUCGUCCUGAGGAAAACAGUGGCAGCUGGCGUGACAUUUGAGGAUCUGGUGAAGGAGGGAGUCUUUGAGGCCAGGUUCCCCCUGCAUAAGGGGGAGGCGGAGCUGGAGAAAUGGGCCCGGUGGAGAAGCAUGUUUCACAAGCAGCCCAUCGACCAGAUCAGGAACUACUUUGGUGAGAAGGUGGCGCUCUACUUCGCCUGGCUUGGCUGGUACACCUAUAUGCUGGUGCCCGCGGCCCUCGUGGGCAUCGUUGUCUUUCUGAGCGGGUUCUCGCUGUUCGAGGCCAGCCAGAUCAGCAAGGAGAUCUGUGAGGCCCACGACAUCUUCAUGUGUCCUCUCGGCGACCAUGGCCGCAAGUUCCAGCGGCUUUCGGACACCUGCACCUUUGCCAAGCUCACCCACCUUUUUGACAAUGACGGCACGGUGCUGUUUGCCAUCUUCAUGGCUCUAUGGGCCACGGUGUUCCUAGAGAUCUGGAAGCGGCAGAGAGCCCGAGUGGUGCUGCACUGGGACUUGUACGGGUGGGACGAGGACCAGGAGGAAAUAGCGCUGGAGCUCAUUAACUGCAAGAACUACAAGCUGCAGCUGCACCAGCACUCCUACCUACGCAGCAGCGUCAUCCUUGCCCUGUCUUUGCUCAUGAUUUGCCUCAUGAUCGGCAUGGCCCAUGUCCUGGUGGUCUACCGUGUGCUGGCUGCUGCCCUCUUCAGCAGCUCGGCCUUGCCGUUCCUGGAGGAGCAGGUGACCACAGCCGUGGUGGUGACUGGUGCCCUGGUACACUAUGUGACCAUUGUCUUCAUGACCAAGAUCAACAAGUUUGUGGCGCUGAAGCUCUGUGACUUUGAGAAGCCCAGGACCUUCUCUGAGCGGGAGAGCAAGUUCACCAUCCGGUUCUUCACCCUGCAGUUCUUCGCACACUUCUCCUCCCUCAUAUACAUUGCCUUCAUCCUGGGCAGGAUCAAUGGUCACCCUGGGAAGUCCACACGCUUGGCAGGUCUGUGGAAGCUGGAGGAGUGCCAUCUCAGUGGCUGCAUGAUGGACCUGUUCGUGCAGAUGGCCAUCAUCAUGGGUCUCAAGCAGACGCUCAGCAACUGCAUGGAGUACCUAGGCCCGUGGCUGGCCCACAGGUGGCGCUCCCUGCCAUCCUUGGCCUCUGGGAGAGUGACCCAGGAUCCUGAGCUCAGGAACUGGCAGCGCAACUACCUCCUGAACCCAGUGAACACCUUCAGCUUAUUCGAUGAGUUCAUGGAGAUGAUGAUCCAGUAUGGCUUCACCACCAUCUUCGUGGCUGCCUUCCCACUGGCCCCACUGCUGGCGCUCUUCAGCAACCUCGUGGAAAUCCGCCUGGAUGCCAUCAAGAUGGUGCAGCUGCAGCGGCGUCUGGUACCUCGAAAGGCCAAGGACAUAGGGACCUGGCUGCAGGUGCUGGAGACCAUCGGUGUUUUAGCCGUCAUUGCCAAUGGGAUGGUCAUCGCCUUCACAUCUGAGUUCAUCCCCCGAGUGGUCUACAAGUACCGCUAUGGCCCAUGCAGCCAGGGGACCCACCCUGCAGUGGACUGCCUCACAGACUAUGUCAACCACAGCCUGUCCACCUUUGACACCAAGCACUUCCAGGACCCUGUUGGAAUACAGGGCUCAGAAAAUGUGACCGAGUGCAGGUACCGUGACUAUCGAAAUGGCCCCCCUGACUACAACUUCUCUGAAAAGUUCUGGUUCCUCCUGGCCAUCCGACUAGCCUUUGUCAUCCUCUUUGAGCACAUUGCCUUGUGCAUCAAGCUCAUUGCCGCCUGGUUCGUGCCUGACGUCCCCCAGUCAGUGAAGAACAAGGUUCUGAAGCAAAAGUAUGAUGUUUUGGAGCAGAAGUAUUGGAGACUCCGGGAAAGGAUAUGGAAUGGGAGGAUGGGCUGGGUGGGGGUGGGCCGUGCCCCCACCUCCUGCACCAGCACCAGGAGCACAGAGGUGUGA